GAUGAUGGUCUUAACUCUGUUAUAUUAUAUUUUCAUAAAAAUUUUAUUUAUAUAAAGUAAUGACUUCAUUAUUUUUAUCUCUUAACUAAUAUAUAGUUUUUUUAAAAUUUUAUCUUAUAAAUAAAUAUUUUUAAAUAAAUUUUAUAUAUUGUAUUUAUAUAUGUUAUUUGUUAUAUUAUAAUACAAUUGUUUGUUAGUUUUCAAAUGAUGAUCCACGUCAUUUAACCACAUAAAAUUCAUACUUUAGUAAUUAAUUAAACAAUUAUUCGCAAUGGAGCGCAUUGAAUCGAAAAAUUCUUUAAUUGGAAGUCAGGGUGUUCAACAAAUGCACUUGUCAGUAAUUAAACCACAACCCGAUUCGAAUAAUUCUUCAAUCAUAAAUGCUGAAAGUACAACUAAUCAUUCUAUUGAAAAUAAUGAUGAUAAAAGAUUUCAUUUGAAUCACGAAGAUACUGUCAUUGAUAUUGAUGAAAAUACAUAUGGAACGGAGAGUGAUACAGAAGAUAGUAGUUAUACAAAUUUAGAUGUAAACAAUUUAAAUGUAAAAAAUUUUAAUGUAAGAAAGUGCAGACCAUUCGGACAUAAUUUAGACUAUGAUGCGACUAUUGAUGACAGAUUACCUGAGACAGUUUCUCUAUUGACAACUCCAGAUGGUGGAAAAGUUUACUUAGUUGGAACAGCACAUUUCAGUGAAGAAAGUCAAAACGAUGUAUCUAUGAUUAUUCAAGCAGUUCAACCCCAUAUUGUAAUGAUUGAAUUAUGUGAUGCUCGUGUUCAUAUUUUACAGCUAGAUGAAGAAACUGUUCUUAAAGAAGCUGAAAAUUUAAAUAUGCAAAAAAUUCGUAUGAUAAUACAACGAAAUGGUAUCUUCAAUGGUAUAAUUUAUGUGCUAUUACUAAAUAUGUCAGCUCAUAUGACUAAACAAUUAGGAAUGGCGCCAGGAGGCGAAUUUCGACGUGCUUUUUCUGAGGCAAGAAAAAUACCAAAUUGUUUCGUCCAGCUUGGUGACAGGCCCAUUAAUGUAACGUUAAAACGUGCAUUAGCUUCAUUAUCAUGGUGGCAAGCAAUGACAUUAUUUUGGUGUCUAUUAAGGUCAAAAGAUCCAAUAAGCAAAGAAGACGUCGAACGUUGUAAGCGACGUGAUCUGUUAGAAGGAUUGUUAGCGGAAAUGACUGCUGAAUAUCCAACUCUCGGAGAAGUAUUUGUUAAUGAACGAGAUAAAUAUCUGGCUCAUUCACUCCAACUAUCUGUUAGACCUUUCCAAACAUCACAGGGUAUGAAGAGUACACGUGCCGUUGGAGUAGUUGGAAUUGGUCAUCUGCCAGGUAUAAUUAAAUACUGGGGCAAGGUACAGUCAUCUGAUAUCCUACCACUUAUGCAAAUACCAACGCAAUCUUUAUCAAGCAAAUUGCUUCGGGUUACUGUUCAAGUAUCCUUAGUAGGUGCAGUUAUUUACGUAGGUUACAAAUUCAUACCAAUUCCAUCGGUACUAUCAUUUCAAUCAUUAAAGUCAUCGGUUCAGGGACUUUUUAAGGUCAGUGCUAAUAAAUAGGAA